AUCACAUUUCACAAAUCGGCAUCUGACUCUGACUAUAACUAUAUCUAUGACUGUGAGUGUGACUGUGUCUGAGAGUGGCACUUAAGUGGCCGGAUGUGCAUUGCUAUCAUUAUCCACAGAAAAACAGAAAAACGAAAUGGGCCAAUUCUGCAGGACCCCACCCUCCUUUAUUCAGUCAUGUAAUGUAUGGGUUUGUGUUUUCCCAGCACAACUCGCAUGCGUCUGAUAAGAUUAGAUUAAAGCUGUGCAUAGGCAAAUAAACCGAAUGCGUGGCGCGUUUUUCUUUUGGCCAAAUGUCAAACGCCACCUAACCGUAGUAGCGCCAGCAUGCGACGUCCUCUGUCACCCACACUGGCCAAGCUGGCCGAGCAGGAGCUGAACGAGACGCCCGAUCGCAUCCAACAGGACCUGAUUAUAUUACGCGUUUGGAUUAAGCAGCAGCCACACCUGCGAGCACGCACCGAGGACGAUUUCCUCAUUGCCUUCCUGCGACGUUGCCGCUACAGCUUGGAGGAGACCAAACGACGUCUCGACCGCUACUUCACUUACUACAAUUUUUUCCCCGAAGUAAUGAGCAAUCGUUGUGUCACUCAGCGCCUGCAGGACAUCAAUCGACUGGGGGUCUGUCUGUUUCCGGACAUGCCCAAGUGUGAUAAUCGCAGUGCGAUUUUUAUCGCUCGCUUUGGUCAAUUCGAUCCCAAUCAGUAUAUGCUUCGCGAAAUCUAUCAUUUCGCAUCCAUGGCCAUGGAAAUUGUUGCACUGGAGAAUGAUUACGCAUCGGUAGCGGGCAUUUGCGAAAUUAUCGAUUUAGAAGGUGUGAGUUCGGAUAAAAUUCGUCGCUUUGACAAGACUUUCUUUCGCAAGUGGUGGAAUUGGCUCUAUCACUGCAGUCCCUUGAAGGUUAAGGAGGUCUACAUUAUCAACAUGCCCAAGGAUAUACAGAGCACCAUUAUGUUCCUCUACAAUGUGCUGAGCCUGCAAGUGGACUAUCCAAUACGCGUGCUCAAGAACCCCGAGGAAUUGCACGAGCAUAUAGGGCGCGACUGUCUGCCGGAAGAGUAUGGCGGAACCAAUGGCCAUAUGGGCGAGUGCAUUGCUUACAUGGAAGACUUACUAAAUAUCUAUAGACGCUACUUUGAAAUGGACUGCAACUAUGGGACCAUUGAGGAGCUGCGAUCUGGCGAGAUUGCUAUGUACGAGGCUGAAUUCGGAGCUAGUGGUUCGUUUCGCCGUUUGAAUUGGGAUUGA